GACAGGUAAAAGCUCUUUAUUAUGUUCUUCCCAACCGUCAAAAACUAUUUGGAAUUUCCACUUCUUUUUUCACAUAAAACUAAAUCAUCAGAACUACAAACUUAUUACUAUAUUUUCUUCAGCUAUGAGCAACGAAUAUGAUUACUUGUUCAAGCGUUUGUUAAUCGGAGAUUCUUCUGUUGGGAAAUCAUGUCUACUUCUCAGAUUUUCUAAAAUUUCUACAUUAGAACUUGAGGGAAAGACCGUCAAGUUACAGAUCUGGGAUACUGCAGGACAAGAAAGAUUCAGGACUAUAACUAGCAGCUAUUAUCGAGGGGCUCAUGGAAUCAUUAUUGUAUAUGAUGUCACUGAGAAGGAGAGCUUUGACAAUGUAAAGCAGUGGUUAAGUGAGAUUGAUCGAUAUGCAAAUGAUACUGUGUGCAAACUUUUGGUUGGAAACAAAUGUGAUUUGGUAGAAGAAAAAGUGGUGGAAACCGAAACUGCAAAGGCAUUCGCAGAGAAGCUUGGUAUCUCUUUCCUUGAAACUAGUGCCAAGGAUUCUAUUAAUGUGGAACAGAUUUUCUCAACCAUGGCUGCUGAAAUUAAAAAAAGUUUCUUUGGCAGAAUUGGGAACCAGCAGCCAACCGGCCCAACCUCUAACAAGAACGUGGCAAAAACUGUUCAAAUGCAGGGGAAGCCUAUUCAGCCGAGAAGCAAUUGCUGUGGUUAACUGAUGUUCCAUUCCUGCUACAUGAUAGUUGUAUGUAAAGGACUACAAAGUCCGCAGAUCGUAAAUAUUUGAUAUUGUUCUUGUGUGUUAAUCAUUUGGAUCCUGGUAACUAGAGCUUUAAACUUUGUCCAUCCGAGCACCUUUUGUAGAUAAACUCGAAACUAGAUUCUAAGGCCAUGGUAUUUUAUUUUA